GUGCUUUUUGGAGGAGCGGGGCGAGGGCUCCUAUACUUGCAGUAUUUUCUGAUUCGAGCCGAGUUUCUCUUUUUCUUAUCUUCCCCUGAACAAGUAUGUUAUUUCUGGCGAGGUACUAAAACUGCCGAGCCUGCUCCGAGAUUUCCCAACAGUUUUUUGGUGUACGUAUUUCUUAAAUUUUUCAGAAAUGGAAGAUGAAUAUGCAAAGCUUAUCUGGCGUAUGAAUCCCCCAAGGGUUGUAAUCGACAACGACGCUAGUCAAGACGCCACCGUUAUCAAGGUUGAUAGUGUUAACAAACACGGGAUUCUCCUCGAUGUUGUCCAAGUUCUGACGGAUCUCAACCUUAUAAUAAGGAAAGCCUACAUCUCAUCUGAUGGGGUGUGGUUCAUGGAUGUGUUUAACGUGAUUGAUCACAAUGGAAACAAAAUCAGAGAUAGGGAAGUCAUUGAUUACAUUCAAAGGAAACUUGAAAACAAUCCCGGAUUUGUGCCUUCAUUGAGAGGGUCUGUUGGGGUCGUUCCUUCUGAAGAGCACACCUCAAUUGAACUCACGGGCACAGACAGGCCUGGUUUACUGUCUGAAGUUUGUGCAGUUCUUGCAGACCUGCACUGUAAUGUUGUAAAUGCCGAGAUAUGGACACAUAAUACCAGGGCUGCAGCUGUAGUCCAUGUGACUGAUGAUUGCAGUGGGCGUGCUAUCAAGGAUUCUUCCCGUCUCUCUACAAUAAGGGACUUGCUUUGCAAUGUCCUUAGGGGGGACAGUGAUCUGAAGACAGCACGAACAACACUUUCACCGCCUGGAAUUACAAAUAGGGACAGAAGGUUGCAUCAGAUUAUGUUUGCUGACAGGGACUAUGAAAGGGUUGAAAAAGCAGGAAAAGGGGAAAUCAGAGAUAGGAGCUCAUUUCCCCAUGUAACCGUGUUAGAUUGCAUUGAGAAAGACUACACUGUUGUUACCAUGAGGGGAAAAGAUAGGCCCAAACUGUUGUUUGAUAUUGUUUGCACCUUAACAGAUAUGCAGUAUGUAGUUUUUCACGGUGUGGUCCGCACAGAUGGUACAGAAGCCUAUCAGGAGUUUUACAUUCGACAUGUUGACGGUCAUCCUAUAAGCUCAGAGGCUGAGCGAGAACGUCUUGUACAGUGUCUUGAAGCAGCCAUUGAAAGGCGAGUAUCUGAGGGGAUGGAGCUGGAGUUAUGCACAGAAGAUCGUGUAGGACUCCUUUCAGAGAUAACGAGGAUAUUCCGGGAGAACAGUUUAUGCAUCAAGAGAGCAGAAAUAUCAACAGAAGGAGGAAAGGCCAAAGACACUUUCUAUGUCACUGAUGUCACCGGUAACCCAGUUGACCCCAAGAUCAUCGAUUCAAUUCGCAGGCAGAUCGGCCAGACAGCACUUCGGGUGAAACACGACUCCACUCUUCCACCGAAGGCCCCUCAUCAGACUACGUUCGGAUUCCUCUUCGGGAAUUUCUUUAAAGCUCGAUCUUUUCAGAAUUUUAAGUUGAUCAGAUCUUAUUCUUAAGUCUUAUCUUCCUAUAUUCUCAGCAUUAAUCAUCAUCAGCCCAGUCAAAGCAAAUGUAGAUGUCAAUGACAUGGUAAAUAUGCAUCUUCCUCCCAGCAAAGUGAAGAGGGGCGGGUAAAUUCAUCCUGCACAUAGUCUUGUGUAUAUGAAUGUACAAAGUACGUUACAUGGCUCUUGCGUACGUGGAGUAAUCUAGAUUAUCAGAGGUUAAUGAAGAAGAAAACUUUAGGUUGUACAUAUGGAGCAAAGAGUAGUCUUAGAUAAAUUUGGUGAGAAGGAUGUAAAUAUGUAUAUAAUGGUGGGAAAGAUGUAUACAUGUGUAAAUAUCUGUGUAUAGCAUUAUAUACCGUGUUUCCUACUUAGAAAUCGAACUUAAUUGUGAUCUGCCCCCAGAAAGUUGUAAUGGUUGUCUAGGGGAAUACAACAGUGUCAUUUUCGGA